GCUGCGGCGCGCACGCGUGAAAAGGAUACUUAUGUAGCAACAAGUCACGGAACGUAACAAUGGAAACUUUUGUAAUCGUUCGAUCAUUUUCUGCUUAAUAUUAGGUUUCAUAAUUAUUUUUUUUAUUCGCUUUUUUUGUGUGAACGGUUUUUUAUUCGUUAUUACAUAUUUGUUAGAUGCACAAGUCGACAGUUAAAUCGUUAUUAUAUAAUUAAGGAUGAAAAACGAUAAAGUCAAGAAUUCCAGAGCAUGUUUAGAACAUUUCAGCGACGAAGGUGGAUAUUUUGAUGUUGUUGUACGACCGAUGUUACAACAAGGACACGAAGGGGAAUUAUGUAGCUGGUUGAAAGAAAUGAGCCUAAUUCGUACAGUUUCCAGUUGUCCUCAUUUGGAUUGUAAAGGACGAAGCUUAGCGUGGAAUCCUGCAAGAAUUGUAGACAAAUAUAGUUGGUCUUGUCCUAACUGUCUGAGGAAACAAUCCAUAAGGGACAACUCCUUUUUUUUGGGGAUAAAAUGUGAUUUGAAAAUGUGCCUUCAACUGAUACUGGGAUGGUGUCAAAGAGUUCCUUGUGAAAUUAUUGCUUCUUAUUUAGAUGUCAAAAAACACGUAGUCAGAAAGAUAUAUGAGCGGUGCGACGAAGUUUCUGCAAUCUAUGUGGAGAAGCAUCCAGAGGAUUGGUUACUAGGUGGCGAAAGUGCAAUAUUGAUUGUGGAUGAAUUUCCCAGUGGUUAUAUGACAGAGCAUCAACCGGACGUCAAUUCAGCAAAAAAGCGCAAUAACAAUUCACAUACCAUCAUAUGUGUUGCGGAAGUAAAUACUAUACCAACGCGCAUAUGGUUACACAUGAUCGAAGCAAUACCGGAGCCGCAAAAAAUGGAGAAGCAACGAGCAGGUCUCGACAGAUGUAGCAUGAUAGAAGAGGCUUUGAGAGAAAUGAUGCGACACACAGUACCAGGCAGUUACAUAGUAGCGAAUAAUCGUGCGUGUUGUUGCAGUUACGAAUCUCUGCAGAGCUUAAAACAAUACAAAGUUGUUAGUGUAGAACAACUAAAGAAAUUCGAUUCACCGGAUAAACGUAAACUUCUUGACAAUCUUGAGACGAUUUGGCAAAGCACCGUUGAAGUCUGCGAGGAAGUUCAAGAAGCUACGCAUACUUUAGGUCAACAUAUCAUCGCCAGACAUUUAUGGAGACAGAAAUUUGGUAUGCCUCCUUCUACGGCGUUCCAGUAUAUGUUGAAUCAUAUCGCGGAAAAAUAUCGUUUCUCUCAAGAUUAAGCGUAGAGACUCGAAUCUUUUGAGUCUCCAUAUUGCAACUGUACAUAUUGUUCUCGUACGUGUAACAAAGAAUCUCUCUUUUUUUUUUUAAAUUCGAUUCUUGAGUGAACGUAAGAGAGCGAGAGAUCAAACGUGAUGUGUACGCCAGAGUUUCAGGUUGCCUUAUUAGAAAAACACCAAUUUUCGCAAGGAAUACAUAAGAUUGUAAAACUCGACGACGUACAUUACGUGCAUCGCAAAGUAGCAAUUACAAAUGACUAUAUUAUAUCAAGUCUUCCAAGUAUAUUAUCGAGAUAUUGUACUCAUGUUAUACGAAACUUUUAUAAACAUAUCGACAUUAAUAGUUGAGGAAUUUAAACUGUACAACGCAGAGUUAAAGGAAAAUACACUAGCGGGAAAUAAAACGACAUAUUGUCAUUAUACAAUUAUUGUGCGUAAACUGCGCCACAUAGCGCGAUUUCCACUCUUAUAAGUUAAUAUUUGGAGACACAAAUUUAGGAUUUUGAACAGAGGAAUAUCUCGACUGUUAGAUUUUAUCUUCAGAAUUGUUGAUGCAUCAUAAUCGAGAGAAUUGUUCCGCGUAUCUUCUUUAUCUCUGCGUUACCAUCGACAGAAAUAUCGAAAGACUGAGAUUAACGCGCUGACAGAACGUUAAAACUAUGAAUGUUAUUUCAAACACAAAAAAAAAUUUAGCAAUAUUAGGAGAUAAAUAUAAAAUUAUGACAAUAUACAUUUUUACAUAAGGGAGCCGGUACUCUCUAGUGUCAUUAUGUAUAAAAUAUCUUUGCACGUCCGUACAUAGAGCGAUCUAAGUGACUGUAUUUUUCUCGAUGUAUGGACUUGCGUCAAUUCGCUAUAUCGUUACAGUGAAGUAAUAAAAAAUAUAUUUUGUACGUUUUUCUACAUACGCGAAAAAUUAAGGAAGAAAUUUUUACGACAAAUACAAAUAUAUAAUGUUGAAAGUGAAAAUCGCAACAUCACAAAAUACACAAGGAGAAUACAACUGAUGAGUGUGUUUACUUGACUAUGUAGACUUUACAUAUAGUGUAAGUAGCAACUAGAGCGCGAAAUACUAUUAGGUGGUGUUGCAAUUUUCAUUUUCAAUAGCGAUGUUUUUUAUAUAUACAUUUCUUGUUUUACUUUUUAAAAGAUAUUAACUAUCUCGUGAUUAUAAGAUAUCCUCUCGUACUGUUUCCAGUUUUCUUUAGACGUUUUUAAAUAUUGAAAUACGGGCAAACGUGAAUGAGUAGCAUUACGUUUCAUAUGUCACAUACAUAUUGUUUCUGUUAGAGUAUUCGUUUAUGCAAAUAUGUUAAAUAAUAAAUGUAUUUUGUUUCUAUCGUUGGAUACAAUCGUAGGUGUGCGUGCGCGUGAUAUGCGUGUGCGUGUACGUGUGUACCCUCAUAGCACAUUAAUAUUGCCAUAAGGUUAACCCUAAAUUAUAAGAUGGUAACAUUACACGGAGAUUAAUAAACCUGCCAUCAACCUUCUAAUAACAUGAAAA